UGCGUAAACAGAGCACUCUUCGAUCGGCGGAACCGGUGAUUUGGGAAUUUCUCCGGGAGACGAUUUGAUUUUUCUACCACAAGAUGGCCCUGUUCCGGCCACUUUUGUCGUCGGUGGUCCCACGAUGUGCGUUACUGACUGGCGUUAACGGGCGAGCAAUACAUCGGUCGGGUGUGUUGUGCAAAGUGGAAGACCGCAAAGCAAUGCUGGCUUCGUUGCCCAGCAAAGACGAAGGCACCAUCGGAGAGCGGUCAAUUGAUAUCGACACGAUGAUCGGUUACAACGAUGCCGAUAGGAAAGUGAAUCUGUUUCCCGAUGCCAACACGCCGUCCACACUGUUCAACGGAGUGCCAUUCAACGAUAUUCCAAUCUGCGCCAUACGCGUGUCGCCGAACAAUACGAUCAUCAGCAUCACCGAUGCCAAAGGAGUGCCACAGUUUAUCCGUUCGUGUGGCAUCGAAGGGUUCAAAAACACGCGCAAAGGCACCAACAUUGCCGCACAGGCCACGGCCAUCAGCAUCAGCAACAAGGCGCUCGAGCGUGGCUACAAAACGGUUCGCGUUACCGUGCGCGGCCUGGGCCCGGGACGGAUGUCCGCCAUCAAGGGCCUGGAGAUGGCAGGUUUGAACAUUAUCUCGAUCACCGACACGACGCCCGUCUCGUGGAAUCCGCCGCGCCCUAGAAAACAACGAAAGCUGUAACUGUCCAUG